AGUGUCGUCGCAAAGCGCGCGUCCGUUGGACGAAAUAUUCAGUAAUAUCUCAAUUUUUAUUUAUCGAAAAAAUUCAUCAAAUCAACUGGUAAAUUAUUUAAAAAUAAAUAUAAAAUAUUUUUUUUUUUUUCAAAACGAUAAUUAACAAUUUAAAAAAAAAAAAAAAGUGAUAAUAUUAUUUUAAUUUUAAAGUGAGUGUUUUGUGGAUUUUAUAUUUUAUUGUUAACCAAAAAAAAAGUGAACUGUAUUUAUUUAUUUUUUAAUCUUACUAUUUGCCAGAAUGGAAUUUUUUUAUUUGGAAAAAUACCAACAAGCUUAUUUAUCGAAGCUCAUCGACAUGGCAAGCCGGAAGUAACUAGACUGAAGGCGUAACGAAGUGAAAAAAGGAAGCUCUCAGUCACAGAUGACGAAGUGGACAUGAAUUGGUCGUCCAGAUGGUCGCCAUUGCGGAUUAUAAUUUUCAUUUUGCUCAAAUGUGUAAUAAUGGAAGAAACAUUGGCGACAGAAGAGACGCUAUAUUCACGUCUAAUUGUCGCCGCUUCUCAUACAGCAUUAUCAGGUGAUCUAGAAGUAUUUAUUCUAAAUUUACCAGAUUUAGAACAUACAAACAAUGAUCAAUUAACAACACCAAUUAUUCAAACAACAACAAUAAAAAAAAAAAAAAAACAAAUAAAAUUAAAUGAAGCACAAAAAGAUGAAGAAGAAAAGUACGAUGAAGAAGAGGAGGAGGAUGAAGAAGAAGAAGAAGAAGAAGAAGCAGAUAUUGUAAUGGAACAAGAAGAAGGAGAAGAAGGACAAAUUGAUAAUGAUGAUUAUGAUUCAUGGAAAGCACUAUUACCACCAUCACCUCCUGUUACUAAAAAUUUACUUGUGUUGAGAGUUAUGCGACUUGAUGGAUUUACAUCUGAAUUUGUUGGUGAAAUGUCCAUUGAAACAUGGAUGAUUCAAGAUGGUAAUGCAUCAUUAACUGUACCAUGUGGUUUUUUUUCACGUGGUGGUGCUUAUUCAUUGCAAUUACAACGUUCAUCAACUAUUCCAAAUUUAAAAUUUCAAAAUUAUAAUAAUGAUAUAUUGAUGCAUACGACAUUGGAUGUAAGAUGGCCAACACCAUCACUUACUCUUGAACCACAACAUUUUAACACUUACCCAGAUCAAGCUGUAUUGGCAACUCUUGAUUAUGAUGGUAUAUCAUGUGCACCAGCACCAACACGACCAGUUGAUAAUUAUUCACUUCAAUUAAUUUAUUGUGGUGCUAGUGUACUAUCAUGUGAUCCAAGAAAUAAAAGUAAUGUUCAGAUGUUAUAUAGUGAAGAAAUUACUGGAUUUCCAGCUCAAAAAAUACUCAAUUUAAGAUGUGAAUUUUUUGGUCUUGCUGGACAUUAUGCAUUGAGAUUGAAACCAGCUGAUGUAAAUUCAACAGCACCAACAACAAGUGCAUAUAUUAAAGUUGAAACAUCAAGUCAAUAUGUUUUUAAUGUUCAUGCAAGAUCAGUAUAUCCAUGUGAUGGAAGUUCUGGUGGUUUAUCAGUACUUUUUGAAUAUCCAUCAUGUCGUUUACAAGGUGAUCGUGUUAGAGUUUAUGGACGUCUUAGAGCAGAUGUUGCAUCAAUGGCACCACCAUCAACACUUCAUUAUGUUGCUGAACUUAAAGCACCACCUGGAAAACAUACACUUACAUUUGACUGUGAAAUAUUUACUGAGAAAUUUGUUGAAUAUUGCUUUGUAUAUGUCAGUCAAGCAAUUAAUAAUGCAAUGGCUGAAGUUAGAGUUGAUUGCAUUCCAACAUUUCCACUUCAAGAAAGUGAUGCAGGAGGAUGGGGUGAAUGGAGUCAGUGGAGUCCAUGUAGUUCAACAUGCGUUGGUGGUGUUAAAAAUCGUUAUAGAUUUUGUGAUACACCACCACCUCGUUAUGGUGCAAAAUUUUGUGUUGGUGAUGCCGUUGAAACAGAAUCAUGUGGUGGAAUAAAUAAAGUUGAUUUAAAUAGUAAUUGGACAACUGAUGAUUGGGAAUGUAAUCAUGGUAAAGGACUUGCUGCUGAUAGACCAGAAGUUACUGCUGAAAUUGGUACAAAAUGUCGUUGUGGUUGUUUAAUUAAUAUUAAAAAUGAUACAUCUAGAAAAAUACUUGCAGCAAGUACACAAGCUUGUCCUGGAAGAUCAUUUUGGCUUAUUCAAGCAGAACCAGAUUACAAUAUUAAACUUCAAUUUGAUCAAACAAAAUUUCCAUGUAAUGGUCAGUAUGUUAGAGCACGUGAUGGUGAUUCAUUGAGUGCCCAACUUUUAGCUGAUAUAAAUAUUGAUAAAAAUUCACCACAAUCUGGUACAAUUUAUUCAACUGAUUCGACAAUUCUUCUUGAAUUCUUCAGUGAUGAAAUAGUCGUUGCAAAAACAUCAUGUGUUGGUGGUUUUCUUGCUCAUGCAACAGUAUACAUGAAACCACAAGUUGAAAAUACAACUGUAGAAACGACAAUGCUCAUUGGUCCAAAAGUUAUGGCUGCUGCUGGAAGAUGGGCAAUGUUAAUGUCACCAGCUCAUCUUGUUGCUGCUUCACUAUUAAUUUUUAUGUUUAUUUUAUCAAUAUUUCUUGCACUACAGUAUGCUUUCAAAUACAGAAAAUAUCAAGUUGCUGAAGAUCUUGAUAGUUUAACUGAUAAUUCUGUUUGUAGUGGCUCUAUGCAAGGUCUAACAAGACGAGCAAGAGCAUUAUCAUCAUCAACAUUGAUAUCCGAAGUUGUAUCUCUCGUUCGUUUACCACGAAGAAAUAAUCCCUCUGGUCAUGGAAGACUUGAAGAAACAACAGCAGAUUUAGAAGAUGGAUAUGAAAGCACUGAAACCCAAGCUGAGUGUGAAGAUGAACAAAGCAUAGAAUCAAUAAUACCAAUGCAAAAAGAUAACGAUGAAAAUACAUCACUAAAAACAAUAAUUGCAAGUGCAAAAAGUACUCCAUCGAGAAGAUCAUCAACUUCAAGUACAAUCACAUCAUCUGGCCAACCCGAGGUCAAGUACGCACGUCCAGUUAAGCUUCGCACGGUUGGGCCAAUAAGUCCAGUUUCCGAGGAGGCAUCAAUAUCAGAAGACAGCCGUCGAUGUAGUACAGCGAGUGGCUCGACCAGCGGGAAUAAUAGUUUUUCACCAGCAAGUACAUCAUCAAAUAUAUCAACACUUCGUUGUGGCAAAGAGACAAAAGAUCGUCGUAAUCGUGAAAGAUUAUUACAAGGACCAGGUUCAGAAUUUAGUCUUGUUAAUCAAGAUACAGAUCUUGAGUUAGAUUAUUAUGAUUAUAAUGUUGUUAAUGCUGGUGCAGCACCAGGUUCAUAUCUUGGUAUGGAUCCAGCAUUUCUUGUUUGGAUACCACCUCUUGAUCAUGAUGAAGAUGGAAUAAUUGAUGAUAUAAAAGAGGAUCAUCAUUAUGAAGAAAUACCAGAACGUAAAUGUGAUGAAAGAAAUUUAAAAUUAUCAAUUGAUAAUCAAGGUGGUACAUCAUUAACACCAGCUGAAUAUAAACGUAUGAUAUCAACAAAAACAGAUGAUUAUAAUUUAUCAAUUGAAAGUCCAAUUGCAUUGAGACGACUUGAACCUGGUGAAAGUAGAUUACAUGAUGAAAUUAUAAAUGAAUAUCGUGCUAGAUUAAAUGAAGGUUUACUUCCAAUUCAUCGAAUACUUGAAGAAUCACGUGUACGUGUUAGUGAAGAAUCAUUAUCUAAAAAUAUUCAUGAUGAACAGCCAAUAAUUGAUGUUAUACCAAAUCGUUUAAUAAUUGAUGAUGAUAAUAAUAAAUUUACACCAAAAUUAACACGUGAUCGUAUUAUUGAAGAACAUGAAAGACCAAAAAGUGCAACAAAUAUUAAUUAUCAACGUUAUAAUUAUCAUGAUGAUGAUAAACAACGUACACCAGCAUCAAUACGUAAUAAAUUACAAGAAUUUAGUGAUUCUUCAUCAAAAACAAAUAAAUCAUUAACAGAUAUUGCUAAAAUUAAUUUAACAGAUUUAACAAAAGUUAGUUAUAAAGUUUGUAAAAAAAAUUAUACAUCAAAUGAUUAUGAAGGUGAUUAUUGUGAUGAUAAAGAUGAAUUUAUAUUACCAAAAUUAAAUAUUCAAAAUAUACAAUGUCGUUUAAAAGAUAUGACUGAUUUUAAUACAACUGAUAUUAAUAAUAUACAAUUAAAAACUGAAAAUAUACAACUUAAAGAAUUAAAUAAAAAUAAAUAUGAAUCACCAAUUAAAGUACAUAAUAAAACAAAAGAUAAAUUUAUUAAAAAACAAAUACAAAGUCCUGAUUAUGGUGUUGAAGUUGAUAGUAUUAAAAAAAAUACAAGUGAAUCAUUUUAUGAUUUUAUUGGUGAUGAUGAUGAUGGAGCUAUUAAAUUUGCUGAUGAUGAUGAUGAUGAUUAUAUUGAUAAUAAAAUAACAGCAUGUAAUUGAUGCUCGAAAUUCAAAAUACCAAUUCAUUAUGAAAACAAAAAAUAUCUUUAAUUGACCAAUAUGAAGAAAAAUAAAAUAAAUAAAAAAAUUAUUAAUAAAUCAUAAUAGUGUAUAAAUUAUGAAAGGGCGCAUUAAGUGCAAUAUAUAUAUAUAUAAUGUAUAAAAAUCUUUUAAUUGUUCAGAAACAAAUAAAAAUAUAAAAUCUAGUCGUAUGGUGGCAAAUAAAAAAAUAUUCAAAACAAAAUUUAACCACUAAUUUUAAUGAUUUAAAAAAUGCAGUUUAUUUAAAAAUGAAAUAUUUCAUAUCAACUGCAAAUAAAAAAAAUAUAAUAAUAAUAAUAAUUACAUGGAUUUUAUGUGAAUGAUAAAAAAAACAAAAAAAAAAUAAUUAAAGACUGUAUUUUUCAAUUAUAAUUUUAAAGCUUUUAUUUGUAGAAAAAAAAUACGAAAUUUAAAAAAUGUAAAAUUAUUAGUUGAUUUAAAUUAAUUUUAAUUUUGAUGAAUAAUUAUUAAUAAUUAAAUAGAAAGAAAAAAAAAUUAAUUUUCACAAUUCAUAAGAUCAAAAUGUGUAGUGGAUUAAAUUUUCACAAGUCAAAUGUUAUUGUCAAAUAUUCUUCAAUUAAUCAAAGCACUUAAAAACAAAAAAAAAAGUAAAUAAAUAUUAUUGUAAUAUAAAUGUAUUUAUUUAUAUUUUAAUUUUUUUUCUAGUCAAUUUUGAUUGUAAAAAAAAAAUCAAAAUAAUACACGUGAUGAUAAAUAUUAAUUUUUCAAGCUCAUAAAAUUAAUUUUUUAUGUAUUCAUAUAACAUAAUUAAUUUAUUAUUAUUUUUAUUAUUUUUUUUUAUAGUUUAAAUAGAAAAAAUUGAAAAAAAAAAAAAAAAAAAUGUUGAGAGGAUCACUGACUGAUAAACGAUCAAUUUUCAGCGUCACUAUAUAAAUUCGCUCAAGUAUAUUAUUUAUUUAAACUUUUUUAAAAUUACUAUUAUUUAUUUUGUCAUCAAUAAAUUAUUUUAAUCACUGUAAUAAAUUAAUUAUAUAAUUUUAACUGUGUAUUUUGUAGUUGUUGAUAAAUAAAAAAUUUACUAGACUGUAA